CAAAGUACACAAACAAUGAAGGCAGGACAGAGAGGUGCGCAAACGCAUUUAGAGCACUCCAGUGGUUCAGUCCUGUUCAUUCCUCUCCAAAAUGUUGGCCUCAGUGCUGCUGCUGCUCUGUGUUUUCUUCAUCGUUUAUAAUUUCAUGUGCCGGAGGCCCAAGAAUUUUCCGCCUGGUCCUACGAUCGUGCCUGUUCUGGGAAACAUACUGAGCCUGAGCCUGGAGAACCCCCUGCAAGACUUCGAGAGGCUGAGGAAGGCAUAUGGAAAUGUCUAUAGUUUGUACCUUGGGCGGAAACCAGCUGUUAUUGUCAACGGAGUCCAUGCCUUGAAAGAGGCUUUGGUGUCUAAGGCUACGGAUUUUGCUGGGAGACCCCAAGACCUUUACGUCAACGACACUACAAAUAGAAAAGGAGUGAUCCUGGCUGACUAUGGUUCUAGUUGGAAGGAACAUCGUCGCUUUGCUCUGAUGACGUUGAGGAACUUUGGUCUUGGGAAGAAUUCAAUGGAGGAGAGGAUACUGGGAGAGAUUGAGUUUAUCAUGAAAACACUGGAAACGAGUAUUGGCAAAACGUUGAGUCCUCAACUUAUGUUCCAUAAUGCAUCCUCCAACAUCAUUUGCCAAGUUCUGUUUGGUCGACGCUACGAUUAUGAUGAUGAGUUCAUCAAAGUGAUUGUUCAAUGUUUCACGGAGAAUGCCAAGUUGGCUAAUGGACCAUGGGCUAUGCUCUAUGACUCCUUUCCAAUGAUUCGUAGUCUGCCACUGCCCUUCAUGAAGUCCUUUGAGAAUGUCAAGACUUGCCAAAAAAUUGCAAAGCGCGUGUUGGCUGAGCACAAGAGUACCAAAGUUUCGGGACAACCACGAGACUUUAUGGACUGCUAUCUGGAUGAACUGGAAAAGAAAGCUGAUGAUAAGUCCUCAUUUUCAGAGGAUCAGCUCCUCAUGUACGCUCUGGACCUUCACUUUGCAGGGACAGACACCACAUCUAACACCCUUCUGACUGGAUUCCUCUAUCUUGCGACCCACCCACACAUACAAGAACGUUGCCAACAGGAAAUAGAUCAGGUGUUAGAAGGGAAGGAUCAAGCGUGUUUUGAUGACAGACAUAACAUGCCAUACAUGCAGGCUGUAAUCCAUGAAGUGCAGAGGAUAGCCAACACUGUGCCACUUAGUGUCUUUCACUGUACAACAAAAAACACAGAGCUAAUGGGCUAUUCCAUUCCUAAGGGCACAAUGAUCAUCCCAAACCUGACAUCAGUGCUGCACGAGGAAGGCCAGUGGAAAAGUCCUCAUCAAUUCAACCCUGAGAACUUCCUCAAUGGCCAGGGGGAGUUUGUAAAACCUGAAGCUUUCAUGCCUUUUUCUGCAGGUCCUCGCAUGUGUCUUGGUGAAGGUCUGGCUCGCAUGGAGCUCUUCCUCAUCAUGGUGACUCUCCUGAGGAAGUUCAAGUUCAUGUGGCCUGAAGAUGCUGGAGAACCAGACUUCACUCCUGUCUAUGGAGUCACUCUUACUCCUAAGCCUUAUCACAUGAAGAUCACACUCAGGGCUUUGUAGUGCAGCUGUCUGUAAUCCUCCCACCCAUCCAUCCAUCCAUCCAUCCACCCAUCUAACCAUCCAUCCAUGCAAGCCCCCGUCUUACAAGCGUCCAUCCAUCCAUGCAAGCAAACAUCCAACAAGCAUCCAUCCAUCCAUCUAUCCAUUAAGAAUCCAUCCAACAGGCAUCCGUUCAUUCAUCCAGCAAGUAUCUCAUCCGUCCAUUCAGCGAGAAUCCAUCUUGCAAGCGUGUAUCCAUCCAUACAACUAGCAGGCCAUCAACCCAUCCAUCUGUCCAUCUAUCCAUCCAUUGAUGGAUAGAUGGACAUCCGGCAUCCAUCCAUUCAGCGAGAAUCCAUCUCGCAAGCAUGUAUCCAUCCGUGCAACCAACAGGCGGGCAUCCAUCCAUCCAUCAAUCCAUCCAUCAAUCCAUCCAUCAAGCAAUCAUCCAUCCAACGAUCCAUGAAUCAAUUCAUUCACGGGUCCAUUCAUCAAGCCAUCCAUCCACCCAUCCAGCUUCUGUCCUUCAAUCCUUAAAUCCAUCCAUCUAGAAAGCAUGCCUCAUCCAUCUGGCAAGCAUCCGUCGAUUCAUCGAUCCUUGAAUUCUUAAAUCCAUCCAUCCAUGCAUCUAUGCAUCCAUGUAUUUAGCAUUCAUCCUUCGAUCCAUCCAGCAUCAAUCUAUACUUGAGUUUGUCUAUCCUACAAGUAUCCGUCUAUCCAUCCAGCCAUGCAUCCAUCUAGCAAGCCUCAAUACAUCCAUUUAUCCAUCCGUAUGUCGAUCCUCAAGUUCAUCCAUCCAGAAAGCAUACAUCCAUCCAUCAAGCAAGCAUCCAUCGAUUCAUCGAUCCUUGAAUCCAUCCAUCUAUCCAUCUCUACAUGCAUUCAGCAUCCAUCCAUUAUAUUAGAUGUGUAGUACACUUUUU